AUGUUCUUCGACAAUGUAGUAUUAUCAUCUUUUGCUGUGCUGGCGCUGUUUUCCGCCGAACUCUUUCAUCCUGUCCUAGCCGUUGAGUUUUACAACUUGCAGGAUGACUACGGUCAUCUGGUCAGCAAGAACCUCGAUGAAAAUUUUGAAAUUGCCUGGAACUGUACAUGGCUCAUCAUAUGUGAUUUUGGUGGAGUAAUGGAGAUGAAAAAGAUAGUUGAUGCAGUUCAUAAAAAGACUGUAAUAUUCUUUGUAGAUGAACUGAAAAAGCUAUUUCCCGAAGAAGAGUUCAACGAAAAAGAUGCUUUCGAUAAUGAAUUUUGGAAGAAUGAAUUAGAAGAGUUUGCCUGUUCCCGUCCCGAAGAAGAAAAGGAAAAAUUGGAGACCAUUCCUGUUCUGGAUUACGGUUCUGAAAUUUGUAGAAAUAAGACUCCAGAUGAUAAAGCGGAAUGUCAGAAACUCGAAGAAGCAACUGAAAUCUACAUGGAUGUAAUGAUGAAAUACAGAAAUCGUUGCAUGGGAGCGAUUGGUAAAGAAGCAUUAGAAAAAUGAGACUAACGAGAAGACAAGACAAUUUUUUUCAACUUUUAUGUAGC